UACCUGGACAGACCGUGAACGCAGCAGCACAGGCUCCAGGUAUCUCCUCACUCUGUGUCUAUGUAGCCAAGCUAACGGCUGUUUGCGAGGAGGAGGACAUGUGAAGUUUUCAACACUGACUGACAGGAAACAGAAGAAACUUUCGACAACUAUUUAUUCAUAUAUAUUUUCAUUUUUUAUGUGUUUAUGUGUGUGACUUUCCACUGAGAAGAUGAGCGAAGGCGACACGCGGACUGCGGGGAAUGGAGAGGAGAGCAACAGACUUAAUGCCCGCCGAUGCAGUCGACUUAGACUCGCUCUACAAGAUCAGGAUCAGUCAGACUGCACCUCGGAGCAACACAGCAACAAGGAGAGCAGCAUAGCAGUUGUGCUGCCACAGAAACCUCAGGGGCACGAAGAAGCACUCCUCACACCAACAGAAGUUGAAGUCAUUAAGGUUUAUCUUGAAGCCCGUCCAGAGACAGCCGAGAGUGUCAAGAUGCUGACGGACGAGGUAUCCCAGAUUCAGGAGGUGAGGUACUGUCUGAAGACUCUGAGAGAGCAGAUGGCAGCCAGGCAGAACACUAACAACAACAAGUUUCCAGUCAAUGGCUUCAGAGUCAACGUGCCCAACAGCCAGCGAGAUCUCAGCAAUGGAAACGCUGUUCCCACUGAGUCAGACGCUCAAGUCGGGGAUAAUCAGGAGGAGAGCGCGAGGCUCAGGGAGGCGACCAGGCGUCUGUACGCGCAGCUGAAGGAGAUGGAGAAGAGGCAUCAUGAGGAGAGGGAGAGACUGCAGGUCGAGUCGCAGGAGUAUAGCGUCCGUCUUGCUGAGCAGUCUGAGCGUCUGCAGAAGGCGGAGGAGCAGUCGGAGCAGAGGGGUCAGCAGGUGGACGAGCUGCAGAGGCUGCUGGAAAGCAUGGAGAUCGAGAGUGGCAUCCUCAAAGACAAGAUGGCGGCAGGGGAGGCAGAGCUGCUGCAGCUCAAAGCAGACAAGGAGGAAGGGGAGGAGAAAGAGCAGAGGUGUGAAGAGCUGGAGAAGGAGGUGGCCAUCCUGAAGGAAAAGAUUCAUCACCUUGAUGACAUGUUAAAGAGUCAGCAGAGGAAGGUCCGCCACAUGAUCGAACAGCUGCAGAACUCCCGGACGGUCAUUCAAGAGAGAGAGAGAUUCAUCAGGGAUCUGGAGGAGAGGGUGGCUUUCCUGGAAGCUGAGAACAGAGAAAUGCAUGACCACAUGGAGUACUUCCUGGCAGGCCAGGAGCCUCCACCACUGACAUCCACCGAGAACAAGCCAGAGGUUGUUUACAGUAAAACACUGACUCCGUCAUCACCGACCAACAAGGCCCUCCCGUUCAUCAAAGUCAUCGAGAUCAUGUCGUGAAUGAAGUGUCAGCCAAAGGGAUGACCAGAAGUAAAAUACAGUGUAAAUAUAUAUAUAUAUUUAACCACCUGCCAGGAUGUUAACAUAGGUCUGCAGUGAUUUUAACAAAGGCUGGCUCAGCAGUCCUCAUGGUGACAAAGCACAGUGGUCCUUUGUUAGUACCUCAUAGUUACUUUUGAGGCUGUUCUGCACCUUUACCGCCUCUGUCAGUGUCAAACAGAAUCUAAAAAAGGAAAGGAAAGGGGAAUUCAAACUAGGAUCCAGUGGUAGGAGGAAUCCUAAAAAGGAAACGAGGAGGAGGCUGUGCAAUGGAAAGAAUUUUACUGAACUUGUUACAUGACAUACGCAGACACAAAUCUGUGCAGUAUGUACUUUGUCAGCAAGUCUUCACGAUACAGCAGCAGGAGAAAGAGUUCAGUUAAGUUCUCUGCGUUGUAAAGUUUUCCGCCUCUGCUUCUUGCCCAUGCAGAAAGGAGAUGUGUGAACAGGUCAGUGUUAAAGGUGGAUCAAGAAUAAAAACAGCUGUUAGUAUUGUAUUUCUCUCUUACAUAUAUUUGGACAAAUGUACAAGUAAUCACACUGUGUUGAGUGUUUUCAGCACGUCUUCAUCUUAUAGCAGUGAUACUCAAGUUGCUUUGCCUGGGGGCCACUUUUGCAAAGUGACAGGGGGCCAGGAGCCAGUUAAUAAACAAACAUUUAUAAUUAAUAUAAAAAUGAUUAGCCCAGACCUCUGUCAGAAGGUGCGGGUGAUCCUCCCCUUAUUUUUUUUGUAUAAACAAGCCCUACGUUGAUGCUUUUCUGUGCACUCUGGCACCUUAUUUACAUUCAGUGUGCAAAAAAAAAUUUCAGUGUAAAUUAGAAAAUCUUACACCACGGGCCGUAACUUGAGUAUCACUGUCCAGCAGCCUAUUGACCAUAAUCCUCAGCAGCCGAGUUCAGGGUCAGAUUCCUCCGUGCUUUGCACCACAUUGCCAAUGGCAGGCCUGUAGCUGGCAACGUCAAUAUUUAAAUAUGAUUUAUGUUUAACUUAAAUGUAGUUCUCUGACAGAGUGGGUCACAUAUUAUAUUUUAUAGAAUUUUGACCUUUUUAGUUAUGCUGGAAAAUACUCAUUAGAUGCUACUUGUAGAGAUAUUGGCUAGUUAACUAACAUUUUAAUUAUUAUCUAUGCUGCCAAGUGCUGCCUCAACACCCUCACUACAUAUCCUGUUCUGUGCUAAAAGGUUUCAUAUUUAAUAACAACUCUGAUUUAACUGUUAAACUUACUGAAAUAACUAUGCAUUGUUUGUAUGCUGUUUUUUCCCUCUCUGUAAAAUACUUUCUGUUGCAAUCCAGGAUGUACAGUUUUAUAAACUGAGUAUACAUUUACUGUGAACACUGUAGAUAGAUAAGUUAUAGUUGUGUCUGUUAUUUUGUUGUAGACUGUCACAUCAUGUUUCAUAAAAUGAAAUACCUGGUU